UGUGCGGGGUUACUCCGGGUAGCAAGCAUGGCGCCUCCGGCUCGGUACUGCGUCCCUGGCGAGCGGCUGUGCAGCACCGGGGAAGCCAGCGCCGGCAGCGGGACCUACACGCGGCACGGCUUCAUCUUCGCGUCGCUGGCUGGCUGCCUGGAGAAGAGGGGCGAGGAGAGUGGGCUGCCUGUUGUGUCCGUGGUGAGGGAUGCCGAGUCCCAGCUCCUGCCUGAUGUGGGGGCCGUCGUGACGUGCAAGGUUUGCAGCAUUAACUCCCGCUUUGCCAAGGUGCACAUCCUGUACGUCGGCUCCACGCCGCUGAAGUCCACCUUCCGGGGAACCAUACGGAGAGAAGAUAUUCGAGCCACAGAGAAAGACAAGGUAGAAGUUUACAAGAGCUUCCGCCCUGGCGACAUAGUCCUGGCCAAAGUUAUCUCUCUGGGGGACGCGCAGUCCAACUACCUGCUGAGCACAGCGGAGAACGAGCUGGGCGUGGUGGUGGCUCGCAGCGAGGCAGGGGCGCAGAUGGUGCCCAUCAGCUGGUGCGAGAUGCAGUGCCCACGGACACACACCAAGGAGUUCCGCAAGGUGGCCCGGGUGCAGCCUGAGUUCCUGCAGACCUAGCAGCCCUGCCCUAGCACAGCAUGGCACGGGCUGGCUCCCACCCUGGGGAGCAGGCCCUGAACCUGGCUAGCAACCACCCUGUGGGGCAGCUGUCAGGGGGGGGUCGGGUCUGUGCACCCCAAGCAGCCACUGGAUUUGAGCCUCCUGUGUACAGCUCCCUGCUUGCCAGAGGCUGAAAGAGCCAGUCAAGCCUCACUCCUAGGGUGGAUUUUUUAUUUGUGCUGUGCAUAAUAAACAUUUUCUAAGAGCUUUUUGCUCUGCUCA